AUGGAUCCAACAGCACUUGGUAAACAGAAAACAAAAUCAGGUGCCCUGCUCAACAUUAAACGCGAUCUUCAAUUCUGGGAUGUACCCGAUCUUCUUUCUUCUUGGGGGAAUGAAGAGGGAGAAACAGACUGCUGCAAGUGGCUCGGGGUCGGGUGUGCCAACGAUUCUGGUCACGUCAUCAGCCUUGAUCUUUCUUCUAUCUCAACUUUGGGCAUCAAUGAUUACAUGUUGAACUGGAUUGUGGGAGGUAAGAUCAACCCUUCGUUGUUUGAGUUGCGAUAUCUGAAUUAUCUGGAUCUUAGUUUCAUUCAAUUCAUGGGAAGUCGCAUCCCAAGUUCCAUUGGUACUCUUGGCCAUUUAAGAUAUCUCAAUCUCUCCUACACUUUUAUGGGUGGAGAAAUUCCUCCUCAACUUGCGAAUCUUUCCAAUUUGCAGGUUCUUGAUCUUGGCUAUAAUCAUUACACAAUUAAUAGCCUUAAGUGGCUUUCUCAUCUUUCUUCUUUAAUAGACCUUCGCCUGAAUGGUAUAAAUUUGAGCAAAGCCUAUGACUGGGUGCAGAUUGUUAACCAACUCCCUGGCCUGACAACCUUGGAGUUAGGUUAUUGCAAUCUUCGCGACGUCGUUAUUCCUCCAUCUUUUUCCUCAGUCAACUCUUCAGCUUCUUCUCUUUCCAUCCUCAAUCUUUCCAACAACAACCUUUCGGUUUCUGUAUUCUCAUGGUUGUUUAACUUCAGUAAUAGUCUUGUUCAUCUCGACCUCUCGGUAAACCAGUUAGAAGGUUCUGUUCCAGAAUCUUUCGGAAAGAUUACUGCCCUGAAACUCCUCGAUCUCAGCCGCAAUGAUAAGUUAAGUGGCUCCAUCCCAGAAGCUUUUAGCAAGAUGACUGCCCUGACAUACCUCGAUCUAAGUCGUGACAAGUUUAAAGGCUCCAUUCCUGAAAUUUUUUUCAACAUAAGCUCCCUUGAAUACCUUGAUCUUGGUGAUAACAUGCUUGAAGGCGAACUUCCAAAAUCCAUUUGGAACCUGAGUAUGCUACGUACACUAAGAAUAGCUUCAAAUAAUCUAAGUGGAAAUCUCCCUCAAACUAGUUUCCAGAAAUUGAAGCAACUAGAAAGAUUGGAUAUUUCGAGAAACUCUUUGGGAGGCGUGAUUUCUGAAGCUAGUUUUUCAGAGCUUUCUGAGUUGCAUUAUUUGGAUUUGUCUUUUAACUCGUUAGCUUUGAACAUCCAUUCUGAAUGGAUUCCCCCGUUCCGUCUGCGUAACAUAUUCCUUGGCUCUUGCAAGUUAGGCCCCCAAUUCCCAAAAUGGCUUCGAACGCAAAAGAACUAUUCCUUUCUUGAUAUUUCCAAUUCUGGAAUUUCAGAUUCUAUUCCCAAUUGGUUUUGGAACCUUUCUAAUGGAUUUCAAAGCAUGAAUCUUUCAAACAACCAACUAAAUGGAGAAAUUGGUAAUAUUUCGCUAGACUUGCAUGAAGAAUUGUUCAAUGAUAACUUGGACAUUGAUUUGAGUACAAAUCAGUUGGAAGGUGUGGUACCAUCUUUUCUAUUCAAAGUGGCUGCAGUAGAUCUUUCCCGGAAUAGAUUUUCAAAGCUAAAUGUCCCAUGUAACAUCAACGGACAUACGGCCUUGAAAUUUCUCGAUAUUUCGUAUAAUGAGUUGUCAGGGGAACUUCCCGAUUGUUGGUCACGUCUCAAAGAAUUAAGACUUCUUAUUUUGGCAAAGAAUAAAUUAGCAGGAAAAAUUCCUCCCUCUAUUGGCUCCUUAACUGAAAUCGAGGCAUUGCGAUUAACUGGCAACAACUUCAUCGGGGAAUUACCUGCAACAUUGAAGAACUGCACACAAUUUUCAGUUAUUGAUUUUGGAGGAAAUAAGCUAUCGGGGCCAAUUCCGACAUGGAUAGGGGAAAAUUUGCAUGGUCUUAUUAUUCUUAGCAUGAGAUCUAAUUACUUUAGUGGGAGCAUACCUUCACAUCUAUGUCAUUUGACAAAUCUUCAACUGCUGGACCUGUCUCUAAAUGAUAUCUCUGGAAGCAUACCGAAAUGUGUCAGCAAUUUUACUGCAAUGAGAAAAGGAAACCUUAUGGAGUUCAAGAGUAUUCUUAGGCUUGUAAAAAGCAUUGAUUUGUCAAGCAAUAGAUUGACGGGGGAAAUUCCAACAGAAAUCGUUAAACUUGAUGGAUUGGUUUCUUUGAACUUAUCAAGAAACAAUUUGCAUGGACAAAUCCCCCAUGAGAUUGGUCAGUUAACAUCUUUAGAUGUUCUUGAUUUAUCAAGGAACAACCUUCUUGGUCAAAUUCCUCGCAGCCUCACUCAGAUUGAUCGUCUAAGUACAUUAGACUUGUCGAACAACAAUUUGUCUGGAAAAUUCCGACCAGCACUCAACUUCAGAGCUUCCCUAGUACUGCAUUCAUGGGAAAUCCUGAAUUGUGCGGACCUCCACUCUCAAUAA